AAAGGAAAAAUGACUUCUGUUAAAUUCGCUCAACGUUUUAUAAACAAAAAUCCAAGAAAUAUGGAGAUGUGUAGAUUGUUACGAAAGCCUGAUGGAUGGGAGUUUGAGAAGGACAGAAUGCGGAAAAAUUAUAUUCACAGAGUCGACUUCAUUGUUACCAAAAAUUCCACAACUGCAAGUGUUGUGCAUUAUGAACGUGGCCAAGCAAUUAUUGAAGCCUCUACAAAUGAAAAAUCUGUUCGAAACCAGCUUUAUAGUCCAACAGAUGUUUCGGCUGCACAAAAUAUUGGAAGAUUGCUAGCUCAUAGAUGUGCUAUGGCUGGAAUUAAAUAUAUUACUUCUGGAAUAACUCCUGAGGAAUUGGAAGGGAGCAAGAGGGUUGGUUUUUGUUUAAUUUAAAAAAUUUUUUUAAAUAGCUGUUAAAGAAUUUUUAAAAACAUUUGGGUCCGUAACCUUGCGUGUUUCUUAUUCAUGUAUUUUAUUUUUUUCUCGUAUUAAAUUUUCAAAUCUAAUCUUUCCACGAUCACAAUCAGA